AUGCCCGAGGGGCUACCGCUUGACCAUAAUCAACCAUUGAAUGGAACAAUGGCGGCCUAUGCACAACAGAUCCUGAUCUGUACCGGACAAGGAGAUUGGACAAGUCGCAUUGAGGACGAUGGGAAGAAUCAAGGCUGGGGAGAACUUGCGAGGGGUUUGAAACGUCUGAUGGGCCGUGGGGGGCAUUAUGCCGACCCAUUCAACAACAUCUUGGUCAGCAAUUCUUCUUUUCCAGCAGCUCCAGCAUCAGAGAGUACUUCGACCUCUGCGUCAGCGUUUCUGUUCCCUUCGUUCACGUAUUUCCCUUCCAUUCCCGUCAAUGUGCCGGAAUCGCCCGAGGCAGUGACCGACCUUUCGACCUUUGUUCGCGCCUUCCUUCUUCCUCGAAAACUCAGUGCGAUGGCGGAUUCUCUGCCUGAAUCUCGACGGGCGGAGUUAACUCGCAAUCCGGAACUAGCAACGGAGUUCUCGGGUGCUGUCGAUAUUCAGAAAUCUCCGGUGGUCUUGAUUUGCGGUCACGGCGGCCGUGAUAUGCGAUGCGGCAUCAUGGCGCCAGUCCUUCAAGAAGAGUUCCGUCGGGUUUUGCUGGCCAAAGGGUUCACGUCGGUGAUUAGUGACAGUCACAUAAUCGACAGCCCUGAGCACGCCCACAUUGGACUCAUCAGCCAUAUCGGUGGGCAUAAAUACGCUGGAAACGUGAUUGUGUAUAUCCCGCCCGGAAUGUUGCUCGAGGGUUCAUCGGUGCCGCACCCGCUGGCGGGUAUGGGCAUCUGGUAUGGGCGCAUCGAACCCAGGCAUGCGCAGGGGGUAGUGGAAGAGACCAUCUUGGGUGGCAAGGUGGUGGUAGACCAUUUCCGUGGUGGAAUAGAUCGAAAUGGGGGUAUUCUGAGACUAUAG